AUGCUCUCCACAGCACUGAUCUCAGCCUCCCUUCUCGCCCUUGCAACAAUCACAAUCGCGCAGGAUUUCCCGGCUGGAUAUACAGGCUGUUACACUUUCCCUGCAAGUGGUCAACCUACAGGACUGAAUCCAGCGGAAUUCAAUCUCCCCCAUAACAAUCGAGGUGAAUGUAUCGCAACAUGCUUUCAAUCCGAAAUCUUAGCACCACACGCUUUCUUCUGGUAUACGAUUGAUCCCACCAAUGAAGAAGUCGCCAUUCCAAACUGUCGAUGUUCGUAUCCACCUCCUCCGAUCGAUACUUGGAAACAUGGUGCUGCGACUGGAGAUUGUAUCGUCGAGGCUGUGGGAGAUAGUUAUGGGUCAUAUCUCACCAGACCUACACACGAGUUCACAGGAUGUUACGAUCUUAUCGACUCAUCAUCACCAGCCGCCUUCCCUGUUAACUCUCCUGAAGACUGCUUGUCGACCUGUCCAACCUCAACCUCCAACCUGCGAUACACUGUGAUACAGGUCGAUCAGUCUAAUAAUUGGAGCUGUAGAUGUAUCACCGACGUAACUGACAUUCUACCUUUCCCCGAGACCGUCUUGAUCGACUGUGAUAUUGGAGCCUACUUCAUUUAUAGAUAUACUUCGACUGUCACGCCAAGUCAAGCUGUAAGGAAAAGAUUACACCAACGGCGAAUCUUGUCUGGCGGGAAGAAGGAGAUGAUCUCUGUCCUGUUGGACUGA